AUGGCGUCCGAGUCUCUCCAGCAGCACCAGCGAUUCCUAGCGGCCGUGCUAAACACUGCGCACGAACCGCUGGAUGCCGAGGAGAGGGCCAUGGCAAGGAUCAAGUUCUACCGCAUCAUUGAUCGCUACAGUAAAAGGAAGCGUGACGGCUCGAAAUAUAAACGCCAUCUGCUGAUCCGCUACACUUAUGAAUACGCCCUCUCCGAGGAGUCGCGAAUCCACUUCCUGCAGACCUUUUACCAGGCGCUGGAGCUCUCGAUCGACGGUGAAGGCCGGGUCAAUCUGGACGACAAGGAGCAGGCUGAUAAGCUCUGGUUGAAGAUCUCUGCCUUUGCAGACUUCUUGGUGGAUAACUUUUACUUACCGCUCAAGGCCUCUGCGAGACGGGCACCCCUGCCUACUCUAAUGUCCCAGCCCGCCGUGCCGGAUCUGAUCACUGAUCCUCGCGAGGAUUGUCUGAUCCGAGAUCGCCAUCGCUGUGUCAUCACACAGGCAUUUGAUUUCGAUGAAGCAGUUUCACGGCACAAGCAAUACGCCGAUGAGGCCAAAGACGAUGAGGAGAGGUCGCUGUUCAAAGGCGGCAACCAUUUCCUCCAUCUGGAGGCAGCGCCGGUUCUUCCCCACUCUCUCGCCGAGAUUGGAUCAAGCCCCUCUGAAUUGAGUCGGACCAAGAAGCUCACGCUGGAGAUCCUCAACAUAUUCGACAAUGGUAUUCAAAAGUUAAUCAACGAGUGCGUUGGCAAACCGCGCAAUGCCAUGACCCUCACCAAAAAUUACCAUCACAUGUUUGGCGAGUUCGAGUUCUACUUCACGCGGCUUGAUGGGCCAAACGACCCGCCGCACACGUACAAGAUUGACAACUUUCUCUCUUCGCCCAUGAGAAAAGAAUUACCCGUCACUCGAACAUUCUAUACAGAAGCAGAUGGCAAAACCAUUGACCCCCCGGAACCUCGAUUUCUAGCUCUUCGCCGCUCUCUCGCUCAUGUCCUUUACCUUUCUUCAGCAGGCCAGUAUAUCGAUGAAUUGCUUAAAAAGCUCAAGGAAAAACCCGCCGACGAGGAUGGAUCGACGGAACUGGGCCUAUUUGCGCAAUUGAGAUUAGAUGGGUGGUGUCCCGCUACGAAUACUGAGCGCCAGUAA